ACUCGUCACACCCACUCCUCGGAACCGCUGCUCACCGAUUCUCACCGAACCGUAACACCCAAACAGCUCUAGCAUGUCUUCGGAAGGAUUAGGCGAGACUUUGGUGAUUCGGCUCGGGCUGAUAAACGCCGAUAACAAAUAUCUGACAGCGGAGACGUUUGGUUUUAAAAUCAACGCCUCCGCAAGUUCCAUGAAGAAGAAGCAGGUGUGGACCCUGGAGCAGUCCGGAGACCACGUAGACUCCAGUGCCGUGUUCAUCAAAAGUCACCUGGGUCGCUACCUCGCCACCGAUAAGGACGGCAAUGUGACCGCGGAUAGCGAGCAGCCCGGCCCGGAUUGUCGGUUCCUCGUGAUCGCCCACGAUGACGGGCGGUGGUCCCUGCAGUCCGAGCCCCACUCGCGCUACCUGGGCGGGUCCGAGGACCGGAUUGCGUGCUUUGCGCAAAGCAUUUCGCCUGCGGAGAAAUGGAACGUGCACCUGGCCGUCCAUCCUCAGGUGAACGUGUACAGCAUCGCGCGUAAACGGUAUGCGCACCUGUGCACCAAGAGGAACGAGCUCGCCGUGGACCGCGACGUGCCGUGGGGUGUGGACUCGCUGCUCACGCUCGUGUACCUGGACCACCGGUAUCAUCUGCAGACCGCCGACAAUCGCUUUCUCACGUACAGCGGUGCCCUGACAGCCAAACCGGACACGGGCACUGGUUUCACGCUGGAAUUCCGCGCGGGGAAAGUGGCUUUCCGGGACGCCACUGGAAAAUACAUCGCGCCCACGGGCCCUACCGGGACUAUGAAGUCUGGCAAGAGCUCGCGCGUCGGGAAAGAUGAGCUGUUUGUCCUCGAGCAAAGUCACGGGCAAGUGGUGCUUACCGCCAGCAACGAGAAAAACAUCUCCAUGCGCCAGGGAGUUGAUUUAUCAGCCAAUCAGGAUGAGGAGUCUGAUCAGGAGGUAUUUCAAAUGGAGAUGGACAGGGAGACAAAGUGCUGUGCCUUCCGAUCUUGUAAUGGGAAGUACUGGAGUCUGACCCCAAGUGGGGCCAUCCAAUGCUCUGCCUCCACUAAAUCACCCAGUUGUUUCUUUGAGCUUGAGUGGAAAGGGUCAAAAGUUGCACUGAAGGCCAGUAAUGGUAAAUACCUGGCAGCCAAGAAGAACGGACAGCUGGCGGCUGCUGUGGACUCUGCAGGUGAGCAAGAGGAGUUUGUGUUGAAACUCAUCAACAGGCCGUUGAUAGUGCUGCGUGGGGAACACGGUUUCAUUGGGUGCCGCAAACAAGGAACCGGAACACUUGAUUCCAGCCGCUCAUCCUAUGAUGUCUUCCAGUUAGAGCACAACAACAACGCUUACAGCCUGAGAGACUCAGUGGGGAAAUACUGGACUGUAGAGGCAGACGGCUCUGUGAUCAGCAGUAGCAGCACACCUGUAUAUUUCCACUUUGAGUUCUGUGAUUAUAAUAAAGUGGCCAUUAAGACAAAGGAGGGCAAGUAUCUUAAGGGAGACCAUGCUGGGGUGCUCAAGGCCAAUGGUCAGGGGAUUGCUGAGGCAACAUUGUGGGAAUACUGAGAAACAUUCAUGAAUCUACACACAAACAUGUGUGUUCUGUAAACCUAUACAUAAGCAUAACACAUUCUCUACAGCAUAAGCACAAGAUGAUAACAUACAGUCUAUAUCACAUAAUACACUGAAAUAGCUUAAAAUAAUCUAUAAUGAAUCAAGACAAAAACUACUCUGAAGGUAAAAGUAAACAAAUGCAAAAAUUUUCACAAAGCAGUUAUCACAAUGCACAAAUUAACUUAAAUAGAAAAACGUAUUAAAUGUAACCAAUAGUUCAGCUAAAAAUAUGAAUUCUGUCAAUUCUGAAACCUGAACGACUUUCUGUCUUCUGUGGAGCAUAAAAUGAAAUAUUUUGAAGAACAUGGGGGCAAACAACACUUUAGAUUUUUGUUGAAUGGACAAAAAAACACUUGAACAUUUUUAAUCUUAGAAAUGUUUUACAUUUUUCCUUUGUGUUCUAUAGAAAAAAAACAGGUUUGGAAUGCCAGAAUAAAUUAUGACAGAAUUUGGGUAAAUUAUCCCUUGAAGAGAAGCUCAGAUUGAUGGUACACUUAAUAAUAAUAAUAAUAUUUAGUUUUUAGUUUUAUUGUCACACAAGCUGUUGAUGAUCUUUGCUCAGUGAUUAAGAUAAUGGUCACAAUAAGAUUUCAUUUGUUAACUAGUGAACAUGAACAACACUUCUACAGUAUUUAUUAAUCUUAGUUAAUCUUUCAAUAUUUACUAAUACAUUUUUAAAUCAAAAUGUAUUUGUCAACAUUAUUAAUGCACUCUGAACUAACAUGAACAAUGAAGAACUGUACUUUUUAACAACUUAUUAUAUAUAUAUGUAUGUAUAUGAUCCUGGACAAAAAAAACAGUCUUUUAAGUGUCAAUUUAAAAAAAAAAAAGAGAUGAUACAUCAUCCGAGAGCUGAAUAAAUUAACUUUUCAUUGAUAUAUGGUUUGUUAGGAUCAGACAGUAUUUAUCCGAGAUAAAACUAUUUGAAAAUCUGGAAUCUCAGGGUGCAAAAAUAUUAAAAUACUGAGAAAAUCACCUUUGAAGUUGUCGAAAUGAAGUUCUUAUAUUACUAAUCAAAAAUUAAGUUUUGGAAUAUGUACGGUAGGAAAUUUACAAAAUAUCUUCAUGGAACAUGUUCUUUACUUAAUAUCCUAAUGAUUUUUAGCGUAAAAGAAAAAUCGAUAAUUUUGACCAACACAUUGUUUUUUGGCUAUUUCUAAAAAUAACAAGACUUAAGACUUGUUUUGAGGUCCAGGGUCACAUAUUGCUCACUGUGAGUUUUUGUUAGUUAAUACAUUAUCUAAUGUUAAUGAAUACAACCAUAAUAUGAAGUUUUACCAAGAUAACAGAUUAAUUGGAUGAAAUUCUGUCAUGAAAACAAAUACAUUGCCCAAUUUAAUGCACAUAAUGUAGGCUCAUUCAAUUCACUCAUUGCCCCUCAAAUGGUUUCAUGGCUUUAUUUCUCUUAAUUUAAUAGUUGUUUCUAGGUAAUUUGGAAUCUAAAUGUGCUAUUAGACAAUGGUCAAUAAUUUGCUAAUGCAAAAUGGGCAUACAGUCGUGUCUCAUGAGCCUUCAGCCAUGGGGUUUGUUCCUUCUCCCAAAAACAUUUUUAGAGUAAACUGGCUUCUGUAAUCAGGCCAUGUUUUAAAUAGCUGCACCGUGGCUCAGAGAAUACUGGAGAAAUAUCCUUGUUCACAUCAGGGACAUUAAAGGGGUCAUAUGAUCCGAUUUCAAGUUUUCCUUUCUCUUGGUGCAUAAAGAAGAUCAGUAAAGUUGCAAAGACUAAAGUCUCAAAUACAAAGAGAUAUUCUUUAUCAAAGUUUAUAUUUCCUUACACACAAACACACACACACACACACACACACACACACACACACACAAAGAGUCAAAAGAAAAUCAUCUAUUUGAUAAAAAUGUAUACUUUGUGGCCAUUUUGGGUUACAUGACUUUUAUUCGGCAUUGUUCUGACUACAGGAACAAGUGUUUUUUUUAAUAUAACUCUUAUUGUUGAUAACAUGUUGAUUUGCACUUUUUCGGCUAAAGCUUUUUCAUGUGAAUGUGUUCAAAGAAAAAGACGAAGUGUUUGUGCCUUCCCUAUAGUGGGACAAGAUCUCCUAAGGUGUGAAAAUUCAUUUUUUUUAACUUCAUUUUUAUUCUCAUUAUGUGCCAUUUGUAACUGGACAUGACAAUGAAAUAAAUAUAAAAUGUUGGAAAGUAAAUACUUAAAGA